UUGCUAGUGGGAACAGACUAAAAAACUUUCGAUAGGCAAGAGUCGGACGUGUCACAAUUAGAACGCAAAAGCAAAACACAGCGGUGCCGCUCAUUUAUUUACAAGCAGAGAAGUGAAUUAUUAACCUAAGAAAAUGGCAGAUGAACAACCCAAUCUUGUGGCUGGACACCCACCUGCAUUGAAGGCAGGUGGUAUGCGAAUUGUGCAGCACAAGGCGCCCACAGCUGAGCGUGCGCCCAAGGAUGCCGAGGAUUGCACUGGACUGACACAACCUAUUGCGGUGAACUCGGGUUCUGUGAGCGGUGCACCCGUUAAGGGCAACACGGACUUUACGCCCGCAUCUGCCCAGGUGGCCCACUCGCCCAAGCCACCGGCUGCAGUGCAGCAAAAGCCCCAGAUCCACAUCCAGCAGCCACGCAAGUGAUGAUGAAGGAUUCCGGUCGGCAAAACUAUUAUCAUUAUCCUAACUUUUUGAUCUUUUGUUGAAAUUCCAUAAGUCCUCAAUGGUAUUGAAGUCGCCUGUGAAAGCGAUAUUAACUUUAUAUGCAUUUGCUAUUGCAUUCCAUAAAUGAAAAAUGCUGAUUCUCUGAGUUAAUAUUUUGUAAUAAACUAUAUCCCUUUUUUAUAUAA